GCGUCCCUUCUUAUCUCAAGGUCGCGAAGGACAGCAUUCGUCUUUGAGAACACAACUUGCAAGUGAAAAGAAACGAUUUGGUGUUAAAAUAUCCACAAUGCAGGCGUCAUAUUUUUUACUCCCUUUUCAGAUAUUGUUAUUGGUGUUCGUCGAGAAAGCUUAUGGCCUAGACUGUUACCAGUGUAAUUCGCACAUGGAACAAGCGUGUGGUGGUGAUGUCAUACAGUUCAAGAGUGAAUAUCUGAAACCGUGUUCUGCUAAUGCCACGGCAUGCAGAAAGAUUAAACAACAACUUUACUACUCGGAAGACUACCAUGAUAGAAUAAUACGCCAGUGCGCAUAUGUCAACGACCCACCAAUGAGUUGCGUCGACAGAACCGGCACAUUCCGAUUCAAAACAUCGUACUGCCAUUGUAAUGGUGAAGGCUGCAACACUGGCCAUUCUGUUGUCUCUUCAUUUUCAGUUCUGUCCGUUUUUACUGGUCUUUCUUACAUAUUGAUCAAAUGGUUAUAAAACGAAAUUAAAAUUAAAAGUAGUAUUCCUAAACGCAACACCUGAUACACUUCUGGAAACUGAAAGUGUUAGUUUCAUUAAGAGAUUUCUUUAUGGUAAAAUAUUGUAGCUCAUAUGGCCUUUUUUUUAUAAGAUAACAGAUGAGCUGUCAUUUAUGUUUUUAAUGUUAGUAUCAGAUCAUGAAGUUGUCACAAAUUAUCCCAGGGUGUUACUCAAAGCACUGUCUUAUUGUGCAUUGUCUUUAGGACUGUUGUUGGCCUACUUUAGUCACAUAGGUAUGCUGAUGUGACAAAGAAACGUAACAUCAUUUUCGAAUUUUAAGUGAUGACUUUGUGUCACCUGCCACAUAAUUGAACAUCAUUAUUUUAUUUUUAUUUUAACAAAUAUUUUUGGUGUCUGCAGUGUCAAACAAUCGGUUACGUAGGUGAAAAAUCAUGUAAA